AUGGUACUACGACUCUGGCUUUGGGGCAGCGAAAUUCCUCUCGCCUACAAGAAGGACAUAGUGGAGAAGCCGACGCCACCAUCUUUGUCAUAUACUCCCAGUCCUUCUGCCAACAAUAUCAUAUGGGACCCGCCAACCCAGCAGUCUCAGGAGCCUCCCAUCGAAGCAACGUCGAAAGAAAAAGAACUGAACUUCGAAGCGAUCCAUUUGACCCCGAGCUCUAUUGCAGAGGAUAUUCGCGACCGGUGGCUUAGGCCGUUUUUCCUGCCUGCGCACGGACGGAGUGAAACUCCAAAAGUCUGCCAUCCUUAUACCUUGCAAUUUCUUGCACGGAUCUUGAAGACAUAUCCACGAUAUAUGUUGAGAGACGGACGACCGCCUCCUAUUAUUCACCAUGUUCAGGUCGCGGAGAAUAAGACGCCUCGAGCACUAGCGAAUUGCUACAGCCUGGUACGUAUGUGGGAACAGGCAGUCCCAGGGAGUGAGGAGAUAGUCAUGAACACGGUCGCACGGGAAAUGGAACGGCUCGCUAGUGAGAGUCCGAAUCAACAUGACUACGAGCUCCUCUCUAGCUUUCAAGCCUACCUCAUCUAUUCAAUCUUGAUCUACUUUGGCCCUCAAGGUGGUUUCACAGACACAAUCAUGAUAACCCUCAUGGAUAUGGCAUCUCAGACCGCUCGAAACGGCCUCUUCUGUAAUGCCGAGUUAGCACGGACCAGACCGACAUGGGAAUCCUGGAUUGUCGCAGCCACAAAACGCCGUGCAAUAUUCACUCUCUAUCUCUUUAGCAACAUCUAUAACGCGGACCGUAUGCUGCCUAAUUUCGUCGCAGAGGAGCUCAGAGGCGUAUAUGCACCGGGCAAUAAGGCACUAUGGGAAGCGGCUGACCGCGAAACGUGGAAUAAGGAGUACGAUAGAUACCUCUUAAAUUGGCAAGAUGGAAGCUUGGAGAUAUCCGAAUUAUGGCCAUCUCCGGAGAAGGAGGAGCCGGAACGGAGGAGAAGGAUCGAACGCUGGGUUCAAACAGUCGAUGAGUUCGGUAUGAUGUUGUACAGUGUUUGUGCCCAUAUACAUGGCUCCUAA